CUUUUGUGAGUAAAUUUUGUUAAAGAUUUUUGAAAUUAUUUCCAAAAUUUGAGAAAUAAAUUUAGGUUGGGGAAAAAGAAAUCCAUUAUUUUGUCACUAGAUGGCUGUAGUGAUACAUAUCUCAUAAAAUAUUGAUGACACAAGUUCAGACUUGUGCUUAUUGGAAAAGUGACAUUCUGUACUAAAAAAAAUUCUUUUACAGUUUUUUGAUUGGUCAAUUCAGUUGUGAGUUAUAGGGUGUAAAAGAUGGAAGUUAACAAAGAGAAAAUUAGGUAUGUUUUACAAUUUUGCUUCAAUAAAGGCGAAAAUGCAAGCCAGGCAGCUGAAAUUGUGAAUGGUGUUUAUGGUCCUGAUACUGUCACAGCCAAUUAUGUGCAAUUUUGGUUUCGUCAGUUCCGUUCUGGUAAUUUCGAUGUUAAAGAUGCACCUCGCACAGGUAGGCCCGUUGUCGAAAAUGUCAAUAAAAUCAUGGAAAUGAUAGAAGUAGACUGGCACGUUAGCACUCGUAGCAUUGCCCAGGAGCUAAAGAUUGACCAUAAAACAGUUCUAAACCAUCUGAAUAAAGCUGGAUUCAAAAAGAAGCUUGAUGUUUGGGUGCCACAUGAAUUGACGGAAGAAAACAUUAUGGAUCGAAUUUCCAUCUGCGAAGCCUUGGCCAAACGGAACGAAAUCGACCCAUUUCUUAAACGGAUGGUGACUGGGGAUGAGAAAUGGGUUACAUAUGGCAAUAUUGUGCGAUAACGAUCGUGGUCAGUGUGGUGAAGCGGCUCAAACGGUGGCUAAACCAGGACUAACAGCCAGGAAGGUUUUGCUGUGCAUUUGGCGGGACUGGAAAGGAAUCAUCUACUAUGAGCUGCUUCCAUAUGGCCAAACACUAAAUUCGGACCUCUACUGUCAACAAUUGGACCGUUUGAAGCUAGCGAUUGAUCAGAAGCAGCCAGAAUUGGCUAACAGGAGAGGUGUUGUACUUCAUCACAACAACGCCAGGCCACACACAUCUAUAGUGACUCGCCAGAAAUUCCAGGAGCUUGGUUGGGAAGUUUUGAUGCAUCCACCUUAUAGUCCAGACCUGGCACCAAGCGAUUACCAUCUUUUUUUAUCAUUACAAAAUUUCCUCGGUGAUAAGAAAUUGGCAUCAAGAGAGGAUUGCGAAAAUCACUUAGUCAAGUUUUUCGCCAAUAGGGAGCAGGGCUUCUACGAGAGAGGAAUUAUGAAGUUACCUUUAAAAUGGCAACAAAUUAUAAAACAAAACAGUGCAUAUUUGAUCCAAGUCGAACAACCGAAACCAUGUUAAAUAAAGACUUGAAAUGAACGUAAAAAUAAUGGAUUUCUUUUUCCCCAACCUAUAUUUAAAAUACAGAUUUUUUUACUUUAAAAUCAAUUUAUAAUUUUUAUGUAUUACUUUUCAAAUAGCUCACCGAAUACAAUACUUUUAAUAGGAAACUCAUUUCCAUCCAUUUUUGAGAGUAUUGUAAUUUUAAAAGUUUUCACUCUGUACAGAGCUGCUUCACAAAGUAUGUUCACACAUUGUCACAUCUACACAAUGUUAGCAUGUUUGGUCAAUUUCUUUCUUUACAUAAGUGUGACUUAAAGUUUGAUUUCUAAUCAAUAAAAAGAAAACCAUUAAAAUGUCAUUUAUAUCAUAAGCAGCAAUUUAAAAACACAAAGAAAAAGUUUGCUUUAUUUCAGUUUAAUCUGAAUUUGGGAAUGUGGGAUUCCCAAUUUUCAUUAUAUCAUGACUAACUGAUGUAUCCAGUGAUACUUGGGUUAUCUUAAAUUAAGUAAACAUUAAACAGGAUUGAA